CCAUCGAUUCGAACUUCGGAACGGUUUCCAACUCCCACCGCGAACGCGUGAAGCUGCUGCCGUUGGAUCGAGAUCGGGCGAUGCGUGCACUCCGCCCCUUCGGGCCCGAUGAGGCGUGAGAGAGUGGUGGAGGCGCGUCGGGAGGUCGUUGGAUUUGGACUAUAAACGAGCGAGCGAGGGAGAGGGAGGAAAGAGAAACGCCGUCCGCCCGCCGAUUCCUUGACAUUCGGUGGCGACUCGUGGGCGAUUUUUUUUUUAUUCCUUCUUUUUUUUUCUUAAUUGCUUUCAGGUUUCAGCUCAGCGCCCUCUCUCGAUUCUUCGCGUAUCUGGAGAGCUCCACAUGCAAGGGAUGGCUCUGACAUGUUCAAGAUACACAGCCUAUUGUGAUUGACGUAUUCUUCUGAUGCAAUAAAUAACCCCAGGAAGGGUAAUUUAAUUUUCAUUGCUUGCACAUAGUUGCCUUACAUCCAAUGGCUGCUUAUGAACAUGACUCUGAAGCUUAUCAGUGGGGACUUGGUUUUUUUUACCCACUCCCUGACCCUCCAUACUCUGGAGGCAGGAUUAACCAGGAGACUACCUUUUAUUCGAACUGUUGUGCUAGAGAAGAUACAUCCAGAGCUGCAUGCGAAGAACAUAUGCAUGCAUCUAUUUUCUCACAAAACCUGUUUGAACCAUAUACUAGAGAGUAUGACUUAGUAACUGAGGAGGGACAUGAAGGUAUGAAUGAAGCUGGACCCUCUAGUUUUUGCUCCUGUCAUGGAGGCUACUCUUAUGGGAGAGAGGUUCCAUUGGAAAUAUCAGAUGAACAUUCUGUUGCUGAUGGAGAAGUUGGGAGGAGGUUAAAUCAAAUGCAUCCAAUCCCUCAUGUUCCUCGAAUAAAUGGAGACGUUCCUUCUUUUGAUGAAGCUACUUCUGAUCAUCAAAGGCUCUUAGAAAGGUUGAAAUUGUACGACUUGGUUGAACGCAAGGUCCAAGGAGAUGGCAAUUGUCAGUUCCGAGCACUUUCUGACCAAUUGUAUCAAACAUCUGAACAUCAUGAGUUUGUCAGACAGCAAGUUGUUGAACAGCUAAAAUCUCAUUCUGACAUCUACGACGGAUAUGUUCCAAUGGCAUAUAGUGACUACCUCAAAAAGAUUUCACAAAGUGGCGAGUGGGGCGAUCACGUGACAUUACAAGCUGCUGCAGAUACCUAUGGAGUUAAAAUUUUUGUCAUAACAUCAUUCAAGAAUACUUGCUAUAUUGAGAUUCUGCCCAGCAUUGAGAAAUCUAAGCGAGUCAUUUUCUUAAGCUUUUGGGCUGAGGUGCACUACAACUCGAUUUAUGCUGAAGAGGAGGUUCAGAACUCCCCACUGCAGACGCAAAGAAAAAGAAAAAGUGGUGGCAGUUGGGAAACAAACAUUGAGGUCGUAGAUUAUUAUUCAAGAGUUCCAGCUCAGAUUAGAGCACGGUGGCGCUAUCAUAUAAGUUGAAGGUGGUUCUUUCAGUUGGAUACUUAUAAUUUUUAAAUUUUGUUUUAUAUGUUGCAAAUAUGUAUCGCGAUUAUAUGGAAAAGUGUGAUAUAUUUGAUCUAACAAUCCUUCUACUCUACUUCCUGUAGAUAAGAUGGAAGGGAGUUGAGAGACGAACUGUUAUUGUAAUAAAGAAAACUUCAUUAAAGAUUAUCGAUUUGGAAACC